AUGUCGGAGGCGAAAGAUCUGCUGAUCGCGCAGAUAGACACGAUCGCUCAGCUAAAAGAACUCCACGUCAAGUUGCUGCAAUCUACUACGCCCGAGAAAAAGAAGACUUUGGCAUACUUCGUCGAUGAGAAAUUUUUGGUCGCUGAGGAAGCUUACUACGAGACGGCCGACGUCCUUCGUGAUGCGAUAAGUAGAUUAACAGUUGUUACGCCGCCUCCGCUCGAUCGAAGUACUGAUUCCUCCUUUCGCGAUAGUAAUAAUAAUUUUCAGUUGCCGCGGAUUUCGUUGCCGAAAUUUUCGGGAAAAUUUUCCGAUUGGGAGAAUUUUAAAAAUACGUUCGAGUCUCUCGUUGCAAAUAAUUAUGCACUUACUAAUACUCAGAAGUUUCAUUAUCUAAAAACGAGUGUCAUUGGAGACGCUGCGUUAGUAAUCAAUAAUUUAAAAAUUUCGGACGCGAAUUAUGAUUCCGCGUGGCGACUCUUAGUCGACGAAUACGACGACAAAUUAACUUUGAUUCAUUCGCAUUUACAUGCUUUUAUGAGCAUACCUGUCAUGAAUCGCGAGAGCGUGGCAGAAUUAAAAAAAUUGCGCGACACAGUGGCUGCAUCGCUUGCCGCGUUAAACAACAUGCAAAGACCUGUAGAUCAUUGGGAUGAUCUCCUGGUGUAUAUAAUAUCACAAAAAUUUAGUGCGAGAACACGCAGCGAGUGGAACUUGAGACGUUCCACUAUGAAUUCGAUUCCGUCUUAUAAAGACAUUCACGAUUUUCUCACAAUGCGCAUCCGCGGAUUGUCGGAUUUCACUGACAUUUCAAAAGAGAGCGGCAAUGUUAAAUAUGACAAGCAACGGUCGUCAGUUAAUAAUAUCGCAGUUCUAAAAUGUAUUUGCUGUUCGGGAAAUCACUUCAUUUCAAAGUGCAAGGAAUUUCGCCAAAAGUCAGCAGCGCAACGCAUGGAAAUUGCUCGUACAAAUAAAAUUUGUUUUAAUUGUUUGAAAUCGGGACACAUGUCGCCGAAAUGCAUAAGCAAACAGCGAUGCACCCAAUGUCGUCGUCCACAUCAUACAUUAUUGCAUUUCGCGAGUUAUCAAGGGCCGGACGUCAAUAAAAGUUCGACAUCAGAAAAGGCGAGCGUAUCGUCGAAAUCAAAAACCGACUCUUCGUGCGUUUCCGAUAACGCGGCCGUCGCUAACGUUCAAACGGUGAAACCGCCGGACGUCACGACUCCGACCGUGCUUCUCGCGACUGCGUGGGUUGACAUUCACACUGCCGAAGGCAGAUGUUUUAAAGUACGCGCCUUGCUAGAUCAAGGAUCGAAUUUCAGCUUCAUUUCGGAAGCAUUAAGUCAAACUAUUCGUACAAAAAAGGAAAGAACCGACUUGCAGAUUAAAGGUUUCGGCGAAAAGUAUACCGGCUCUGCAAAAUCUCGCGUGUCAUUGCGAUUGACGCCCUGCUCAAAAGCGAAUCCUGCGUUUCCUAUGACAGCAUAUGUCUUUCAAAAAAUUACCUCGUACGCUGCGUCACGGAUUCAGCCUGUCGACUCAUGGCCGCAUUUACGAAGUCUUUCGCUCGCGGAUCCGGAUCCGUCGAGCCAUCAUCAAAUUCAUCUGCUUAUCGGAGCAGACAUCUACGGUUCACUGUUGAGGCGCGAUUUGAGACAAGGUCCGCCCGGUACACCCACCGCUCAAUUAACCGCGUUUGGUUGGAUUCUCUCCGGCCCUACCGGAAGUAAAAAACGGGUCUCCGCGGAGACUGCCGUUUUAAAUUUCGUUUUGGCUCACCGAGACGUAAAUGCUCUUCUCCAGAAAUUCUGGGAAGACGAAGAGAUUUCGUCGACCACCCCCCUCACUGAAGAGGAAGAUAAAUGCGAACGACACUUCGUACAAACUCAUUGUCGUUCUCACGACGGUCGAUACAUUGUUCGACUGCCGUUCAGGGGAGAUCCGCCGAUCGACAUCGGGGAUUCUCUGCCAAUAGCGCGGUCUCUGUAUAACCGUAUGGAAAACCGAUUAAAAAAUCAAUCCGAUCUCUGCUCGCAAUAUAACGAAUUCCUCGCGGAAUACGAGUCACUCGGACAUAUGACUCAAGUCGAUGAGUCAGAAAAGACGGAGAAUUCGCCUGUCUACAUCCCGCAUCAUCCAGUGGUGCGGGAAGAUAGUCGCACCACGAAAUUACGCGUCGUGUUCAACGCCUCGUGCAAGACUCGAAACGGCACGACGUUGAACGAUCAUUUAUUCACCGGGCCGAAACUACAGCAAGAUCUUCCUGCCGUCUUGUCUCGAUGGCGAAAAUGGCGAUAUGUGUAUACGGCGGAUAUCGCAAAGAUGUUCCGCCAAAUUCGCGUGCAUCCUCAAGACGUCGAUUAUCAAAGGAUUCUUUGGCGUCCGACGGAUGACACUUCGAUAAAGCAUUUUCGACUGCUUACAGUGACAUACGGUAUGGCUCCGGCUCCGUAUCUCGCGAUGCGCGUUUUAAAGCAAUUGGCUCUCGACGACGGUGCUCAUUACCCCGCGGCGGUUCCUAUUUUAAAUGAAUCUAUCUACGUCGACGACACGUUGUUUGGAGCAGACGAUGUAAAUUCAUUAAAAGACACGCGUAUUCAAUUAAUCGAAUUAAUGAGAGGAGGAGGCUUCCAGCUUCGAAAAUGGGCGUCUAAUACAAGCGAGCUUCUCGACGAACUCUCGCUCGAUCAGCCGGAAGUCACUGAUCAUCUCGUAUUACAAGACGAAUCUUUAAAAGUCCUCGGACUCUCGUGGCUUCCUUCCGAAGAUUCAUUUCGUCUCGUCGUAAAUUCAAUAAACCCGAUUGAGCCCACCAAACGAUCAAUUCUUUCAUUCGUCGCGAAACUGUACGACCCGCUCGGUUGGGCCGCCCCGGUCGUAAUUAAAGCUAAAAUAUUUUUACAAGAACUGUGGAUGUUACAUUGCGAUUGGGACUCGCCCAUACCCGACGAAUUGAAACUUCGUGAAUUGACAAAAAUCAAAAUUCCGAGAUGGACCGGUCAAACUCCAGAUAAUUUAACACUCGAAAUUCACGGGUUUGCAGACGCGUCAACUCGGGCUUAUGCCGCUGUAGUUUAUUUGCGCGUCUUUCAUUCGCUUUCCGACUAUACGAUCAGUUUGAUCGCGGCUAAGACAAAGGUCGCCCCGGUAAAAACUGUUAGUAUUCCGAGACUUGAAUUAAAUGCCGUCGUACUUUUAAGUCGACUUGUUAAAUGGACAACAAAUUCGCUUAAUUUACGUCAAAUUCAGAUACAUUGUUGGACGGAUUCCACGAUUGCGUUGGCGUGGAUACGCCAGCAUCCAUCUAAGUGGACUACUUAUGUAGCCAACCGUGUAUCUGAAGUACAAAAUAAUCUACCGUCGGCUCGAUGGAAUUACGUAUCGUCAAAAGAAAAUCCUGCAGAUUGUACGUCACGCGGUCUUUCCGCGUCCGAAUUGCUUUCGCAUCCACUAUGGUGGACUGGACCACCCUGGCUCCAGAAGCAUUCUACGUCAUGGCCGAUUCAUGACGCCUCAGUUCCGCUAUCUUCCGAUGCAAUUCACAAGAUUGCAAUUGAAACUCGACAAUCUGCUGUCCUUCACGUAGAAAGUGUAGAAGAAUGGGAUUUAGUUUAUAAAUUCUCGAACUGGACGAAGCUCGUCCGCGUGACAGCUUACGUUCUUCGAUUUGUUUCUUUGCUCAAGAAACCAAGAAAAUUUUCUUGCGCCUCUCCGGCACUUAAUGCUGACGAGCUUAAUGAUGCCGAGACGUUUUGGUUGAAUUAUGUUCAGAAGAGAUCAUUCGACUCUGAAAUUGAUUCUUUAAGAAAAGAUAAAAGUAUCUCAAAAAAGAGCUCCUUGAGAACUUUUAGUCCUUUCCUCGGGGAAGAUGCAUUGCUCCGUCUCGGCGGGCGGUUGAAGAAUGCCGCUCUCGCCUAUGAUGAGCAACACCCCAUCAUUGUUCCACAGGGUCGAAUAGCAUCUCUGCUUAUAGCUCAUACACAUAAAAUUACUCUACAUGGAGGAGUCCAAUUAAUGCUCCGCACUCUUCGCCAAAGAUAUUGGCUUUUAGGAAGUCGAAACGCUGUAAAACGCCAUAUCCGUCAGUGUAUUGUUUGCACUCGUUAUUCCGUUAAGCAAUCAAAUCAACUCAUGAGUGAUCUGCCUUCGCCUCGUGUUAAUCAGUCUCCACCGUUCACUCACACGGGAGUUGAUUACGCCGGUCCCUUCCUCAUCACACCGUUCGUAGGAAGAGGACAGAAGGCGAGAAAAAAUUGGGUAGUCUUGUUCAUCUGUCUAGUAACCAAGGCUAUUCAUUUGGAGCUGGUUGAAGAUUGUUCAAGUGCUGGAUUUCUUUCCGCCUUUCGUAGGUUUGUUAGUCGCCGAGGUUUACCGAAAAGCCUUUAUAGCGACAACGGUACGAAUUUUCAGGGAGCGGACAAGGAAAUGAAGAGCACAUUCGAAGCUCUGAUGAAAGACCCGGCAUUGCACGACUGUCUUGCAAAUGAUCGCAUUGAGUGGAAGUUUAUUCCUUCUGCUGCUCCGCAUUUUGGUGGAUUGUGGGAAGCGGGCGUGAAAAGUUUCAAAUCGCGUCUCAAGAGAGUAGCCGGGUCGCGUACCCUGUCACAGGCUGAAUUCGCGACCCUCCUCUGUCAAAUAGAGGCGUGUUUAAACUCACGACCUAUCGCGGCGCUCAGCGACGACCCGAGCGAUUUGUCCGCGCUCACACCGGGUCAUUUUUUGAUCGGCCGACCGAUCAUCGCGGUACCGGAGGAAUCAGUACUCGCGAUAAACGCUAAUCGACUGCAGAGAUGGCAACUAAUCCAAGCGAUGACAGAGCAACUUUGGCGAACAUGGUCGCAAGAUUAUUUGCACUCUCUGCAACAGCGUCAAAAAUGGACGGAAAAAACUUCAUGUUUUCGCGUAGGCGAGUUAGCAUUGUUAAAGAACCCUUUGCUCCCUCCGAGUAAAUGGGAACUCGGACGAAGUCCGGUACGUUUUUCAUCAUAUCCGUGUUGGUUUACGGAGGAACUGAUAGAUCUCAUAAAGGCAGAAAAAGCUGCUCACCACCGCUAUAAAAAGUCUAAUCAGCUUUCAGACUACACAGAGUUCUCCGCGUUGCGAGCACAGUGUAAAGUGCUUACAUCUGAAUGUCUUGCGAAUUACACUCGGAAAGCGGAGUUUGAGAUUGUUAAUAAUCCAAGGUCAUUUUGGAAAUUUGUUAAAUCCACGGUGACGCCAAAUAGUAUACCGACAGUUAUACACCAAGAUGGUGAAUAUUUGGAUGAUUGUGUGGAUAUUGCGAACUGCUUUGCGGGUUUCUUUGAGUCAGUGUAUACGGUCUCCGAUGGUCAGGAGCGAGAAAUAUCAUAUGAAUAUGAUUUUUGUCUCUCGGGUCUCGAUAUUGCAAUAAGUGAAGUUUUUAAUGGCAUAAAAGCAAUUAGGGGGGAUACAUGCCCGGGCGUGGAUGGGAUACCACCGUUGUUUCUGAAAGCGUGCAAUUUUGUUAUGUCCAGAGUUCUAUGGCUUAUAUUUAACAAAUCUUUGGCGGACGGUAGGUUUCCAGGUGUAUGGAAACUGUCGACUGUCACGCCGGUGGCAAAGGGGUGUGAUAGAUCCGUGGUUACCAAUUAUAGACCUAUAAGUAAGCAAAAUAUUAUGCCGAAAAUAUUUAAAAAUAUAGUGACUGGUAAACUUGCAUUGUUGUUGAGGAACGUGAUCGUAGAUCAACAACACGGGUUUGUUGCAGGGAGAUCAGUAAUGACGAAUUUGCUGUUGUAUCACGAUUUUUUGAGCACUACAGUUGAGAGUGGCUCACAGGUGGAUGCCGUCUACACUAACUUCAGAAAAGCGUUCGACAGUGUUGACCAUACGCUGUUGCUUUGUAAACCGCGCGCGCUUGGCAUUGGGGGUCCGUUGUUGAAAUGGCGACGGAUGCUGAAGCUAAAGAGACAAGAGGAAAAUGACUCCAGGUAUAGCACAUUUAAGGAUACUAACAAUGAAUCCAUCGAUAAUCAGAAAUCGGCGAAAUUACUAUCCGAUACAAUGGAUUCGAAAUGCCAAAUGUGCAAUACCGAAUUCUGGUCAGAACCCAAAGAUCCAAAAAUAUUAAGCAUUGAUAUGGCUGCUGCAGUAGGAACUAUUACAGUAGGAAUUGGCUAUACCCAAUUGGAAGAGCUGUGUGCAGCUAUGAAUAUUUAA